UUUUAAUAGUUUAUUUAUUUUAUUUGUUGUGGCUCAAGGGGGGCGGCGCCCUAGCGCCCUCUAAUGACCAGCCGCCACCGUUUCCUUCAGUAAAAGUAUCAGUAAAAUAUAGUAAAAGUAUUCAAAGUGUGACUCUUCUACUGUUGUGUAUAUAAUCUUGAAUGUUAAAGUACCUCUACGUUGUACUUGAGUCUCUUUAAUAAUCUGAACAUCUGAAGCAGUGUUCCCGUUAUUUUGUCCACCCUGUGUUGUUUGUCUCGUCAGGUCAAAGCGACCGAGACCUCCGACUUCAAACAAACCGUUUCACAACCGGACGGAAGAAGUGAACCCGCUCGAGUCUUUGUUCUCCUGAAACUUCUGCUUAAUUUGAUGUUGGACACAAAUAAAAUGUCUUAAAGUAAAGUUAGGACGAUGUGUAAGAGCUACUUUAGGUAAAAGAAGUUUAAAAUAUGGAGUCAGGACAGUUAAUACUCGAACAAUAUCAGGAUUUAUGAGAACAGAAAUAAAUGUUUUCUCUUGAGUCCGUAGUUUUUUUAUUUGCUCUAAUAUGCCGUCGUAGAAGGUGAAUAUAGAUUUCAAACGUUAUAUAUUGAAUAUUUUACUGUAUAUUCUGUUGAAUCACCGUUAACAUUUCUGACAUUGUGCACAUUCGGUUUUUGCACCUUACUGAUAAUCUUCCUCAGUGGAUGAAAACGCACCAGAGAAAUCAACUAAAUACAAUUAAAAUAUUGACAUUUUUACUGUAUUUUAUUGAUCAGAUAAUUAUUGAUGCAUCAAGUUUCAGAGAGUCUCUGCUGUCACUCACACACAUACACACACACACACACACAUCCAAUCAGAGCAGCAGUGAUCUCUGAUAAAAGCUGCUCUCGCUCUGACGGACUCACAGACAGACAUGUUGAAGCUGGUGCUGCUGCUGCUGUGGACAUGGACGAGCUCGGCACUGGUCAGGGUCCCUCUGAAGCGGGUGCGUUCGAUUCGUUCCCAGCUGCGAGCCGAAGGCGUGCUGGAGGACUUCCUGAAGGAGCACCGGCCCGACAUGUUCAACCGGCGCUACGCUCAGUGCUUCCCGCCCGGCACGCCAUCGCUGCGGCUCGGACGCUCCAGCGAGAAGAUCUACAACUUCAUGGACGCUCAGUAUUACGGUGAAAUCAAUUUGGGGAGUCCGCAGCAGAACUUCUCUGUGGUUUUCGACACCGGCUCAUCCGACCUCUGGGUGCCGUCGACCUACUGCGUGAGCCAAGCCUGUGCAUUGCACAGGCGUUUCAGGGCGUUUGAGUCCACUUCGUUCCAUCAUGACGGCCGGACAUUUGGGAUCCACUACGGAUCAGGACACCUGCUGGGAGUCAUGGCCAGAGACACGUUGAAGAUCGGGAGUCUGACCGCCCAGAACCAAGAGUUUGGGGAGUCGGUCUACGAGCCUGGUUCUGCGUUUGUGAGGGCAAGAUUCGACGGCGUUCUGGGGAUGGGUUACCCGUCCCUGGCAGAGAUCCUUGGAAACCCCGUUUUCGACAACAUGUUGGCGCAGAAGGAGGUGGACGAGCCGAUCUUCUCCUUCUUCCUCAGCAGGAAAACAAGCAGCGGCACCCCAGAAGGCGAACUGUUGCUAGGCGGAAAAGAUGAGGCGUUGUACAGCGGACCAAUCAACUGGCUUCCAGUGACUGCUAAGGGCUACUGGCAGAUUAAGAUGGAAAGUAUCGCGGUGCAGGGUGCGAGUUCUCUCUGUCCUCGUGGUUGCCAGGUGAUUGUCGAUACUGGAACCUCCCUCAUCGCCGGACCAACCGUUGAUAUCCUCACCCUUCACCAGCUGAUUGGAGCCACGCCCACAAACAUAGGAGAGUUCCUCAUCGACUGUGUCAGGUUGUCCAGUUUGCCUCAUGUGACAUUCGUCCUUGGAGGAACAGAAUACACACUGACUGCUGAGCAAUACGUUAGGAAGGAGACACUUGGCGACAAGGAGUUUUGCUUCAGUGGUUUCCAGGCCGUGGACAUGGUUUCCCCCGAAGGCCCCCUGUGGAUUCUGGGAGAUGUAUUUCUGACAGAGUUCUACAGCAUCUUUGACAGAGGACAGGACCGGGUUGGCUUUGCCUUUGCUAAACACCCAACUUAACUCUAACCCAUUGGUUAUCGGUUAAUAGCUGACAACUGUAUCAUCAAUAAAAACUAUGCAAUUCUUACAAAGGCAUCAACACAAAUAGUACUUGUUUUGUAACUAGCUAGAAGCAUUGUUCUUACAGCAGUCAUCUUUUUCACAAAUCCUGCAGCCCGAGGUUCAUUUACAGUGCCCAAUCAUAGACCAUCCUCCAAUCACAUCAUCAAAGAUUAUCAUUGGCUGAACUGUUGAUUAUGGC